AUGCCAACACACAUGUUGCUGCGGUCACUUUUCAUUGCCACAGUAUCAUCUAACAAGUUUCUCUUAAUACCAUCACUGAAGCUUUUAUCUUUCUUUGCCAAACCAAACCGAAGCCUCCUCUUCAAUGUGGACCGAAAUCCCGCUUUGAAAGCUCUUCUAAAGAGAACGCUAUACAACCAAUUUUGCGCAGGAGAAACAGAACAAGAGACACGAGCGUGUGUGAAGCAGCUGAAAGAUCUGGGGUUCAAAGGAGUGAUAUUGACGUACGCGAAGGAAAUGGUAUUUGAUCACAAGAAUGAAUCUGCAAAUCAUCAUACCUCAGACAAGUUCGUUGAUGCAAAGGCUGUCGCAGCACAUGAUACGGAUAUCGAGGCGUGGAGGGCGGGCACGUUGAGAACUCUUGAUCUCAUCUCGGAGGGAGAUAUCCUGGCUCUAAAAACAACGGGAGGUGGCCCCGCAGUCUCAAUGGCAUUCAGCAGAGGCGAACUGCCACCCCAACAGAUGCUUGACGCCCUAGACGAGAUUGCAACUAAGUGCAAAGAGCGCAAUGUCCAGAUCAUCGUCGACGCAGAGUCUCAGCACUGGCAGAAAGGCAUCGCUCGUACAAGUCUUGAGCUAAUGCGAAAGUUCAACCGCGAUGGCAAAGCCGUCAUUUACAACACCUACCAGGCCUACCUCAAAGACACCUCGGACGUACUCGCAUACCACAUGGCCGAGGCAGAGAGAGAUGGCUUCACACUUGGUCUUAAGCUCGUUCGAGGCGCAUACAUUCUCUCCGAUAACCGUUCGCUGAUCCACGACACCAAAGAAGAUACGGACAACGCCUACAACACCAUAGCUCAGGGUGCUCUUCGUCAGCAAAUCGGUAUAUUCGGUGCUUCCGGACCCUCUGCACGCCCGUUUCCCUCUGUGAAUCUAUUUCUCGCCUCUCACAACCGCGAAAGUGUACUCUCAGCCCAUAGACUUUACCGUCAGCGCUUGGAAGCUGGUCUACCAACUGUGCCUGUCGCAUACGGACAGCUUCACGGCAUGUCCGAUGAAGUCAGCUUCUCUUUGCUGGCCGAGAAGAGCGAGAGUGGUAAGGCGCCUGAAGUAUUGAAGUGCACGACCUGGGGUAGUAUGGGUAAUCUCGGUACACCUAUCCUGAAAAGUCUCAUCAACGCCUCUCCGGACUCUCUCCGUGGCAUCACUCAAUUUGUCGCCUGCGUCCAAAGUGAGAGUUCAGAAAGGCGACUUCAAGAUCUCUUUUCUCAGCAUCAAAAUGUCCGUAUCUUCAGGAAAGACAAUAUAACCGCCAUCAAAACUUCAGAGGUCAUAAUCCUCGGUGUCGACCCUUCACAAGUCGAAGCAACAUUACAAGAAGAGGGUGUCAAAGAGGCAUUGCAGGGAAAACUCUUAAUCAGUAUCGUAGCAGGCUGGUCACGCUCUGCACUGGAAUCACUCGUUGGCGCCGACCCAGAAGCCAAAGACGACGAAGAAAAGACGUGGGUUCUGCGUACACUCCCAAAUGUAGCAGCGCUCGUCUCUCAAUCGCUAACAGCCAUCGAACACCAUCCCUCGCCCUCUUUCCCAGCCCAAUACUCAGCGCUAGCAACAGCCAUAUUCUCUCAGAUUGGUAAAUCACUUCCUAUUCCGCCCAGUCUUAUGCCCGCUACCACAGCUGUCAGCGGCUCCACGCCCGCAUUCUGGGCCAUCAUAGUUGACAGCCUCAUCGACGCCGCUGUGGCUGUGGGGGUACCUCGUAAGAUAGCUCAGGACCAGAUCUACCAGAGUAUGAGAGGCAGUGCGGAGAUGCUUCAGAGUGGGAUACAGCCGGGAGAAUUGAGGGAUAUGGGGACAAGUCCGGAGGGCUGUACGAUUGCGGGGGUGAUGGUGCUGGAGGAAGGUGGGGUAAGAGGCGUUCUAGGAAGAGCAUUAAGGGAGAGUGUUACAGUUGCUAGAGCGAUGGGCAAGGUCGGGGAAGGGGAGGAGGUGCAUGUCAAUGAUACUAGGAAAAUUUAG